AUACAAAGCGGACGGAACUCCGCGUAAACGGUGUUUCGAUUCUGCGCGACGGUCAAACGAGAAUAUUUAAGUUUUAAUUAAUAACGUAGCACAUCUACACAAAUACAUAUACACUUAUCUACGUACAUAAAUGUGUAGCGCAGAAGUUCUAAUUAUUGAGCAUCGAAGUUGAUAAAUCUAAAAAUCAUAAACAAUUGUGCAGAAGAAAUCGAAUGAAUCGAGUGUCGCGGUUGUGCAGCGAAUAUUAGAUAAGAAAAUUAUUAUUUUUCACGUAUAAAAGAGUUUUUAGAAGGCGUUGAGUUUCGUGCAAUAAUUGCGUGAAAGCAAUUCAUUAAGAAAGUGUUUGAUUAGAAAAGGAGUACAAGUUCGCAAGAAUUUUUGGAGAUAAAAAAUCGGCGAAAGACUUGGAUUAUAAGGAGUAUACUUUUAAAUAAAAUCACCAAAGCAUACAAUUUAGCUACAAAAUGGUUCCAAUAGUUCAGAAGCUAAGCGGCUUUUACAAUGCCUAUGUGUUAGCGGUACUAACAGUUGGUUAUAUUCUCGGUGAAUUGGGUCACUACCUCAUCGGUGUUACAUCGAAACAGACCGCCAUUGAAUUGGAUUAUGGCGACAAAGCUUGUCAGCAGAAUAAUACCAAUUUCAAUCGUCAUGAUUUGCCAAAGCAAUGCUCAGUAGUAAAGGAAGAGGACAGCUGUCUUGCCUUAAGGCUGAAUGAAACUUCGUACUGUGAAUGGAAUUACAAUGGCUUGGGUAUCGAUUAUCAAAUACUCGCUGGCCCCACCUUCAUCUUGGUCUUCACUAUUGCUGGCGUUUUCAUGGGCUUCGCGGCAGACAAAUAUAAUCGUGUCAAAAUGUUAACAGUUUGCACACUAAUCUUUGCAGUCGCCAUAAUUUUACAGGGUACUGUAAAUGCCUACUGGCAGCUGUUGUUGUUGCGUAUGGUGCUGGCAUUAGGUGAAUCAGGCUGUAAUCCGCUGGCCACAGGCAUCAUGUCUGACAUUUUCCCUGAAAAUAAACGCGCACUUGUCAUGGCCAUUUUCAACUGGGGUAUCUACGGCGGCUACGGUAUUGCUUUUCCAGUGGGUCGUUAUAUUACCAAAUCGAAUUUCUUCAAUCUUGGCUGGCGUAUGUGUUACCUGGGUACUGGUGUAUUGGCCGUAUUGUUGGCCGCACUGACUGGCACUACACUCAAGGAGCCGGAACGCAAAGCAAUUGGCGAGGCUGAUCGCAGCAAGGAUGGUAAGAAAAUUGGCCUAUGGAAAGUGCUAGCCAAUCCGGCCAUGAUUAUGUUGAUGAUCGCCGCCUCCAUUCGGCACUCGGGUGGCAUGACCUUCGCUUACAAUGCUGAUCUCUACUACAACAUUUACUUCCCCGAUGUGGAUCUCGGCUGGUGGUUGUUUGCCGUCACCAUAGGUAUUGGCAGUGUGGGCGUGGUCGUUGGUGGCGUAGUAUCGGACAAGAUUGUAGCUAAGUUGGGUAUACGUUCACGCGCCUUGGUGCUCGCUAUAAGUCAACUGAUCGCCACAUUGCCAGCAUUUGGUUCGGUAUACUACGACCCGCUAUGGGCUAUGAUCACAUUGGGUGCCAGUUAUUUCUUUGCUGAGAUGUGGUUCGGCAUUGUAUUUGCCAUUGUGGUGGAAAUAGUGCCGUUGCAGGUGCGCUCUUCAACAAUUGGCGUAUUUCUAUUCGUGAUGAACAACAUCGGUGGUAAUUUGCCCAUACUGCUGGAUCCUGUAGCUAAGAUGAUCGGUUUCCGGGAGGCGUUCAUGAUCUUUUACGCCGGCUUCUAUGGCAUAAGCUCGAUCCUCUUCCUCAUCACUUGCUUGUUGUUGGAGGGCAAACCAAAGGACAAUGAUUCUACCGCCGCAGAAGGGGAGCAAAAGAUCGAUGGCUUGGAGGCGCACACACGCCAAAUGCGCGGCCAUGACAAUUCCGUAUUCAGCGUCGAUGAAACACUGCCACACAAUGGACGUCCAGCGGUGAUUCCACAACAUCUGCAGCUGUCGACAAAUGGGCAUGAGAAGUACACGCCCGUCACGCGCGAGAGCAGCAGACUGUAAUGUGUAAUUGUAAUGAACUCAAGGACGUAUGCGACAACGCGGAUGAGUUUAUUUUUAUGUUGAGUGCUGCAAACUGCUUUGCUGAAAUUUAGUUUACGACGUCACGUUUACGAAUUUUUCUAAAUCUUCACGUACCUCACUCGUAGUGUGUAUUUUUUAGCUAUUAAGUUCCAAAUGAUUGGUUUAUGCGUAUUUUGUAUAUUUGAAACGAUUGAAACUGUGAAAAAGAAGAAACAAACAAUUGUUUAAGAUUGUUAUAAAAUAUUUUAGUUUGUUAAGUUUUUUUUAAAUGCACAACGUUUGUUAUAAUACAAAAAUAUAUGAAACGACAUUAAGUUUUCAAAGAAUUGUUGCUCGCGCAAAACUUGUUGAUAUCUAUGGCGAACACAAAAUGUUUGAAAGUGAAGGCAAUUAUUGUUUAGAUUAAUCGAUAGGCGUUUAGUUUAACAAUUUAAAAAGUAUUUUACGUAUAUUUUUACUUAAAUACGAAUUAGUUGUAAAUUUUUACACCAAUGAAAUUAAUAGUUAAAAUAGUUCCAAAAGUAUUUUGUACAUAACGAAUAAAAUUUGUACUUAGAGUAGUUUUAUAAACAAUUAAGAAAA